UAAGUGGACAUCAAAAUGAACACGUAUUCAUUAUUAAUAGAAACUCAUACUACAGACUCACGAAGCACCAGGGACGUGAUGGGUUUAGAUUUCUUGGAUAAUGGUUCAAUUUUCGAGCACGCCAUAACGUGCGCAGAAUUUGGCCGAUUCCACUACUUCUUGUUGACGCUAUGUGGUCUCAUAUACAUGAACUGCGCCAUAUCCGUGAGUGUUGUGUCUUUCGUCCUGCCUUCGGCGCAAUGCGACUUCAACCUCAGCUCAUCGGACAAAGGCUUAUUGAACGCCGUACCUCUUUUAGGAAUGCUCCUGGGAGCGUACUUUUGGGGCUGUCUGGCCGACAUGCACGGUAGAAAGAAGGCUUUGAUCGCCGCGCUGCUUGUGGAUGGCCUCUUCAGCCUGAUUUCGAGCUUCCUCACUUACUUUUGGCCAUUUUUGUUCUGUCGUUUCUUCAGUGGUUUCGGUUUGUCCGGAUACUUGGGCAUUUGUUUCUCAUAUUUGGGUGAAUUUCAGCCGAAAAUCUAUAGAGAAAAAGUGCUGUCAUGGCUGGAAAUGUUUUGGACAGUUGGCAUCAUACUACUACCAUUGGUUGCGUGGGGCAUCAUCCCGUUAUCUGCCAACUACACUAUCGGUAUACUCAAGUAUUCAUCGUGGAAUCUGUUAACGUUGUGCUCAUUGCCCAGUAUCCUGUUGGCCUUGUGGUUGACCCAGUUCCCGGAAAGCCCAAAGUUCCUGCUGGAGUGCGGUGAAUUUGAUGAAGCACUUGAGUGUCUAAAACGGAUUUACACGGAAAAUACGGGCGAACCGGGAGACGCAUAUCCCGUGCGGAGUCUCAUAGAGAACGAAGUCAGAUGCAGCGUGAUCAGCAUACAGUCAAAGCGAUCAUUACGCAGCAUGAAGACGGUCAAAACGCCAAAGGACCUCAAAAACCUGCUUAACGAGGUAUGGUACCAAACUAAAGAAAUGUUCAAACCCCCACACCUGAAGAACACAUUGCUCACGUGUCUCAUACAAUUCGGUCUAACUUCCAGUUACUACACACUAAUGAUGUGGUUCCCGGAGCUGUUCAACAGAUUCGAGACAUUCGAACGCCAAAAACCUGGCGUUGAAGUGUCAGUGUGCCAAGUGUCAUCUGUGUACGUAGAACAAGACGGCGCUUUGAGCUCGGCCGACUUGUGUGGGUCGGCAGUCGGUGAGUCUGUGUACACGCACACCCUAUGGAUCGGUAUAGCGUGCAUACCUACAUCGCUAUGGAUGCCGUUGUGCGUGCACCGACUUGGCGCUAAAUUCUUCUUGGUGAUGUGCCUGUUUGUGUCUGGAAUCGUGGCCGCCGCUCUGUAUUUCGUGAAAAACGCUCUGCAAAAUCUCAUACUGUCGUGCCUGUUCGAAGCAUUCAGCGGACUGGGAAUUAGCGUGUUGCUAUGCAUCAUGGUCGAUCUAUUCCCCACCAACAUGAGAGUAAUGGCAGCCGCAGCUUCAGCGACGUUCGGCCGCCUCGGAUCAUUGUUGGCCAAUAUCACAUUCGGACUGCUCAUCGAUUCACACUGCAUCUUGUUAAUCAUCAUAUUCAGUUCGUUGUUGAUAAUUAGCGGCCUGCUUUCUUUAGCUCUUCCAAACGGAAACAGCAAAGACUUAGACUAACGGUCGGUUAUCGCGGACCACUCCAUCGGAUAUACAUAUUCGGUAAUAUGCUUAAAUAAAAUAUUGCUUUUAACUACUGUUAAAUUCACAGAGAAUGUCGGUUUGAAUGUGCUAAAUAACUGUUUUUCUGGAUACAAAUUAUUUAUUUUUGAAAAAAAAAUUAUUUGUAAAUUUAUAACUUAUUUAUAAUGUGACAACUAUUUUUUUUUUUUUUUU